UAUAUCAAGUGUCACUGUGAUAAAAAUUCUCAUUUUCCAGUACAUCAACUAAAAAAAACCUUAAUUAGAUCGAAGAUGGCAAGACUUAGUGAAGUUUUAGAGACCAUGUUAAGCUCAGUUACCAUGUUUCUACUGAUUUUCAUGGCAACUGAACCAGCCAUUGUUCAAGCUCAAGCAGCUGGGGGUCUUCCUGCUGCAGAAGUUGCAGCUCUUCGAGAAACAGCAGCCCAGUUGGGAAAAGCUUGGAACUUUAAUGUAGAUCCGUGCAGUAAUGAUACCAGUUGGUUUACUCCAUUUUCAAGGGAUAGGCCAUUGUACAAUAACAGUUUGUUUUGCAAUUGCUCAUUUCCUGGAGGUGAAUGCCAUGUUGUUAAGAUAUUUCUGAGAGGUCAAGAUCUUGCUGGUGUGCUGCCUUCUGCUAUUGCGAAACUUCCUUACCUCACGGUUCUAGAUCUUACUCGGAACUACCUUAGUGGCGAUAUACCAAGAGAAUGGGCUUCUACUAACUUGGAAUUUCUGAGUGUUGCUGUUAACCGUUUAACCGGACAAAUCCCUAACUAUUUAGCAAAUAUUAGCACACUCAGAGGCUUGUCCAUUGAGACCAAUAUGUUUUCGGGAACUAUUCCACCUCAGUUUGGAAACUUGGCUAAUUUGGAGAUUCUCGUUCUGAGUGCUAAUAACUUGACUGGAAACUUACCUUUAAGUCUCACUAAUUUAACCAAAUUAACAGAAUUUAGGAUUAGCAGCAACAACUUCACCGGAAAGAUUCCCAAUAUAUUUCAAAGCUGGAAUAAUCUUCAGAAAUUAGAGAUUCAAGCUAGUGGUCUUGAAGGGCCUAUUCCUUCUACUAUUUCUGCUUUAAACAAUUUAACUGAACUAAGGAUUAGUGACUUAUAUGGGGAAGGUUCCGUAUUUCCAAAUCUAGACAACGUGACAAAACUUAACAAGUUGAUGUUGCGGAAUUGUAAUAUAUCUGGAACUAUCGUACUACCUCUAGCUGCAAUGCCAGAUCUGAAAAUUUUAGAUCUCAGUUUCAACAGAUUGAAAGGGAUUAUUUCAACAGAUCUUGAAGGUCUUACAAGCUUGGAAAAUGCGUACCUGACAAGCAACUUGCUCUCGGGACCGAUUCCGGACUGGCUCAAGAAUGGAGAUACUCAUGCUGAAAUAGACCUUUCCUACAAUAAUUUUAGUGAAAGCUCAUUGCCACCUACGUGUCGAGAUACGCUAAAUUUGUUCAAAAGCACUUCGGGAGUGAAUGAUUCAAAACCUACCGAAUGUCUAAACAGCUUCGCUUGUUCAAAAGACAGGUAUUCGUUGCAUAUAAAUUGCGGUGGAGGAGGGACAACCAUUGGAAGCAUCAGCUAUGAAGGAGAUGAAGAAUCAGGAGCUGCAGCAAAAUUUAUUCCCAAUAGGGAGACUUGGGAAAUUAGUACCACAGGACAUUUCUGGGACAAAGAUAGAUCCGCAAGUGACUAUGUACCACAAAACUUAUCCACCCUUAGGAUGAGCAAUUCUCAGUUGUACACAAGAGCACGUGCAUCUUCUCUAUCCCUUACGUACUACGUGCGAUGUUUAGGGAAUGGGAAUUACACUGUGAAGCUUCAUUUUGCAGAGAUAGUACUCAGGGAUAAUAGUUCCUUCUACAGUCUUGGAAGACGGAUUUUUGACGUCUAUAUCCAGGAGAAACGCGUGUUGAAAGAUUUCAAUAUAGUGAAUGAAGCACAAGGGGUAGAUAAGGUGGUCAUCAAAGAUUUUAAAGCAUUGGUUAAGGAUGGAACUAUAGAGAUCCGCUUUCAAUGGACCGGGAAAGGAACAACCGCCGUUCCCAGUAGAGGAACCUACGGUCCUAUCAUAUCAGCAAUUGAUGUCGAAUCUGACUUCAAACCUCCUGAUUCUGGUGAAGGCAAACGGAAGAAAUUGAUUGUGGCUGGAGCUGUAGUUUUGCCAGCGUUGCUCAUUCUUAUUAUUGCAUGCAUUAUUUGGUGGAAAGUUCGCAGGAGGGAAGUAAAAGAUCAAGAACUAUUGGGUUUAGACUUGCAAACUGGUGUUUUCACCUUCAGACAAAUUAAAGCUGCUACAAACAAUUUCGAUCCAGCAAACAAGAUUGGACAAGGUGGUUUUGGAGCAGUCUACAAGGGAACUCUAUCAGAUGGCACUAUUGUUGCCGUAAAGCAACUUUCUUCAAGGUCAAAGCAGGGAAAUCGAGAAUUUUUGAAUGAAGUAGGCAUGAUUUCUGCUUUACAACACCCAAAUCUUGUUAGACUGUAUGGAUGUUGUGUUGAAAAGAAUCAAUUACUGUUGGUUUACGAGUACCUGGAAAACAAUAGCCUAGAACUUAAUUUGUUUGAGAAGGAGGAAAACGAGUUGAAAUUGGACUGGCCGAUGAGGCAAAGGAUUUGUAUUGGCAUAGCAAAAGGUCUUGCUUUCCUCCAUGAGGAAUCUAUAUUAAAAAUUGUUCAUAGAGACAUUAAAGCUGCAAAUAUUCUGCUUGAUAAGGAUCUGAACCCGAAGAUUUCUGAUUUUGGUUUGGCCAAGCUUGAUGAAGAGGAGAACACUCACAUCAGCACCAGAGUUGCUGGAACUAUAGGAUAUAUGGCACCGGAAUAUGCUUUGUGGGGUUACUUAACCUACAAGGCAGAUGUUUACAGUUUUGGCGUUGUUGCAUUAGAAAUUGUCGUCGGGAAAAGCAACAUGAAGUACCGACCAGACGAAAAUUUUGUCUGCCUCCUCGAUUGGGCUCUGGUUGUACAACAGAAAGGAGACUUAUUGGAGCUAGUUGAUCAAAGACUGGGUUCCAAGUUCAACAAGAAAGAAGCAGUUAGAAUGAUGAAAAUAGCGCUGCUGUGCACUAAUCCUUCACCCUCGCUUAGGCCUACUAUGUCGGAGGUAGUAAAGAUGCUUGAAGGCCGAACUCCUGUUCCUGAAUUUGUAAUGGGACCAAGCGUAUAUGGCGAUGCGCUUGGGGCCUUACGAAACCAAUACGAUCAACACUCAAAUCAGUCUGUCACCCAGUCAUCAGAUAAUGCAGCCUGGACUACUACUGGGACUGGCUCGUCAUCAUCGUCAUCUAAAUCUCUGAUAAAGAAUGUUACUGAAUAAUGAGAUUUUUAACUUGACUGUAAAUAAUCAUUUACAAUAAUUUUUCAAUAAUUUUUGCUAUUUCUA